CAAUCUUGGCUUCCACAACCACACCUCUGACAUCGACAACUAUAGCACCAGUAUCAACAACUGAUACAGCAACAACAACUAUGCAUGAUGCCACAACAACUAUUGAUACAACAACAAUAUUGGCUUCCACAUCGGGCGCCCCAACAUCCUCAACUACAGCAACAGCGUCAACAACAACUGAUUCAGAAACAACAACUCUGUCUGACACCACUACAACUACUGAUGCUAUACGUUUGACUUCCACAACUACCCCUUCAGCAUCUACGACUGUAGCAACAACAUCAACAAAAAUAGACGAAUCAACUACAACUUUGUCUGAACCCACAACUGCAACUGAUGCAACCACAAUCUUGGCUUCCACAACCACAUCUCUGACAUCGACAACUAUAGCACCAGUAUCAACAACUGAUGCAGCAACCACAUCAACAAAAAUAGACGAAUCAACUACAACUUUGUCUGAUCACACAACAGCAACUUAUGCAACCACAAUCUUGUCAUCCACAUCCACACCUCUGACAUCGACAACUAUAGCACCAGUAUCAACAACUGAUAAAGCAACCACAACUCUGUCUGGAACCACUACAACUAAUGAUGCAACAACAUCUUUUGAUUCCACAACCACCGCGCUAAUGUCAACAACUGAUGCAUCAACCAAAAUUCUGUCUGACACCACAACAACUACUGAUGCUACAAGAAGUUUUGAUUCCACAAGCACCCCUCUAAUGUCAACCACUGAUGCAUCAACUAAAUCUCUGUUUGACACAACUACAACUACUGAUGCAACAAGUUUGACUUCCACAACCACCCCUUCAACAUCUACGACUGUAGCAACAACAUCAACAAAAAUACACAAAUCAACCACAACAUUGUCUGAACCCACAACAGCAAAUGAUGCAACCUCAGUUUUGGCUUUUACAACCACCUUUCCAACAUCCUCAACUGUUGAACCAACAUCAACAACAUCUGAUGCAGCAACCACUACUCUGUCUGACACCACAUCAACAACUGAUGCAACCACAAUCUUGGCUUCCACAACCACACCUCUGACAUCGACAAUUAUAGCACCAGUAUCAACAACUGAUAGAGCAACAACAACUAUGCAUGACGCCACAACAACUAUUGAUAUAACAACAAUUUUGGCUUCCACAUCCAGCGCCCCAACAUCCUCAACUACACACCCCGCUAAUGUCAACCAGUGA